CCGAGGAUAGAUGACAUCGACGGUGUGUUCCCCUCAUCUAAAAAACACACUUUUGCGGUGUUAUGUACCCUUGACCGCGUCCUGUUAAGUCGGGCAUUAGCGUCUUUAAGACAGGUGUGUAUCGUCCGGAGAGUUUUUGGGGUCAGUGAACGAACAAUAUUGAGACUCCCUGUCUCUUAUAUGAACUGUUGGAAUAACACUGGUCCGGUUAAGGUAUCUGCGCACCUGUGCAAAUCCAAGCUGGCAGAGUGUGACAUGCAGGCUGCGAGUGGCCCCUAUGAUGCGGGCACUGUCGCUGCUGAUGUGGUGGGAGCGCAGACUGGGAUGGAGGAGGAGGACAUGGAAGCUGCAGGACAACACGGGGGUUUAGUUUCAAUUGAAACCGGACAAGGAGUGGUGGAGACGGAGCCUUCUGCAGAGCUCUGUCCUAAUAGAGCGAAUGAGAGGACGAUGAAGAGAAGGAUGAGGAGGGAAAGGAGGAAGCAAAAGCUUCUGUCAGCUGACGUUUCAGACAGUUUGAUGUCAGAACUUCCAUUUGCCUUCGCUAGCACUGCUGCAUGGAAGGAAUUGGGAUUUCCCAGCCAAGAGUCAACCCAGAAGAAGAGAAAGAGGAAAAGAGGAGACAACUUGGGAAGUGAGGAAGAUGCAGAGAAGAAGAAAAAGAAGAAGAAAGAGAGCCCACGUCCCAACUAUUUUGUCUCCAUACCCAUCACCAACACACAGAUCAGUUCGGCUGUUCUUGAGGUCCAAGAGGCCAUGCUGCAGCAGGAGCCCCGAUUGGCCAAAGCCAUGAUCCCGGCCCCCUCUCUGCACAUCACGCUGUUGGUCACUCAGCUCGCCAAUCAAGAACAAGUAGACCUGGCGGCAACUGUCCUCGCCCAGGUCAGGCCCUCAUUGGCUGAGCUGCUGAGUGGGCAGGACUUGGUGCUGUCUUUCUCAGGGGUCGGACACUUUAGGAAGGAGGUUGUGUUUGUUGAGCUGGCUUCAGGACAACACAGAGACACACUGGAGAGGCUGUCAGUGCUGCUACGGGGACGUUUUGAGGAGCAGGGUCUUAUGCAGGGAGACUGUCGUGGGUUUGAACCGCACCUUACCAUUAUGAAGCUGUCCAGAGCACCAAAGCUACGCUCUCAGGGAAUAAAACGUGUAGACCCAGCCCUAUACUCCGGCUACACUGACAGAUUCUUUGGAGAACAGAGAGCUGAGAGAGUGGAUCUUUGUUCCAUGUUGAAGAGGAAGCAAGAGGGUGGAUACUACCACACGGAGGGUUCACUAGAGCUAGAUUUGGUUCAGAGCCCACUCCAUGCCAAACGCACAAGUGGGCGUCGACAUUCUGAGCCAAAUGAGGCAGAGCUACGAAGGGUCAGCAAGCGACUGGUUGAGGACGCUGUGAAUCGCGCCCUGCAGCAAUACAAACAGGAGACACUUCAGAAUGGAGGUGGGCCAAAUGCUACAGCUGUGCAUCCAUCAGACAACACUAAAGAAACUACAGUUAAGAUGGAUGCCGAGCACACAGGAGCUACAGCUAAUAUGGAUUCCAAGAUGACAGGAACUACAGCUAAGUUGGACCCUAGCUUCAGUACAGACGCCAGGGAGUGACAUCAUCAUUGAUGGUCAAAGAUACUGAAAAACUGUGCCCAGAAAAAUGGCCUGGCCUGGCUAACCAGGAGAACAGUCAGCAAGUCCUGGACAUGAAACCUGAACCAGGCGGCCGGACAAUCAGUAAUUCCUCAAAUCUUUUGCAGCCUAAAUUCAGCAACCUGCCAGCAAACCGGUCAGCCCAACCAGCUGAUGCUCUAACCCAGCAAAGCCAGCCAAAAGAGGGAGCCAACUUAAUUAGCUAGCCAGCUAUGCUACCUAUGUAUCCUGCUAACCCAGCUAGCCAACGUUGCUUGCUAAUUAGAUAGCCUAGCCAGCAACUUGUGCUAGCUGAUUGUCCCAGAAGACCAGCUAGCCAACCAUGCUACCUUUACUGUUUGACAGCAUUUCUUAACCUAAUGACCACACAUUUGCUUAGCUAUACUAAGCUAUGCGGCCAUUGAGGUUAGCUAGCUGUAAUGUGUGGUAACAAUAAGGAUGUCCUGACUCAUAUCAGCUCUGGGAUAUGUUGUAUCUGUGCACACAUACGACAUGGAUAACAUAUGAUACAGAGAGACAGAUGGACAGUUGGAGUCCAAAGGAGACUGGAGCCCCCUAAUCAUUAUACCAUGCCAAUCUAAAACUGCCCUUUUAGAAUAUAAUCAAUCAUGUAGCUUUUGUAUAAAAAAAUAAUUUACAAUCCAAAGGAUAUCAUAAACAAAGGAUAUCUUCGGGAAAAUGUCUCCCUCAUCCUCUGAAGAAGGAAUUUAGGUGCAGCACAUAACCUUUAGAUAGUAAUCUCCCUCAAAACAUCAGUGUGCGGUCUUACCUGCUGCAGACUUGGCAAAGGAUGGCCGAUAUCCAACGUCAGAGAGAAUGCUGGCUGAAGAGUUUUGCAGUUUAAGGGAAGAAGUAAAAAAAUAAAAACGGACCGGAUUUGAACUUUGACUGCUUUUGACUCCCUCCAAUCAGAUUUCAGAUAUGACUGGAUUAGGUCUAUGAGUUUUUUAUUGGCAUAUGCCACGAGACUAGGUUUAAUACACUUUAAUCCAUUUAGUUUAAGAAAUGGAUUUUCUUCAAAAUUAACUAUUUAUUUACUGUUGGCGUGCAAAGUUCAUAUGCUCAACUAUUUGUGUGUAAAAUGCAGUUUGUAUAUUGUCAAUUGACAAUAUCUGUCUGUUGUAUUCCUGAACCAGUUGUAUCCAGUGAGGGCAGCUGUGAGGUGGUAACCAAGUCAUGACACUAAAUGCUGAGACCUUUAUAUUUAUAGCUUUUUAUAGCUUUUUGAAUCUUAUUUAGUACCCUUGGGAUGGAUAGCAAACCUUAUCUGUGUGUACAGGUACAAAGAUUUAGUUUCACUUUGCUAUGGAAAUGUUCACUAAACAUUCAGCUCAAACUAAAAUUUACAAUGACAAUGCCUCAGCCAACCACCUAUUUUUCCCCCCACUGAGAAUAUGUAUUUUUCUAAGAAUACAUUUUUACACUAAAACAUCCAUUAGUACUCUUGGUUUUGUCUCAGCAACAGAAACCUAGUGGGACAGUGGUUUUGCUUUCCUAAAGCAGCUGGUUCUACACUAAAGUACCUGAGUUGUGUCGCCUUUGCAUAUUUUGUCAUGGGGGGCCAAAAUUAUAUUUUAAGUUCAUGGAGCUGUGCCUGAUGAUGAUGAUGAUGAUGAUGAUGAUGAUGAUGAUGAUGCGAUGUGAUGACGAAGGGCUGUGAAGCAGUCAGGCAUCUCCUCUGUCAAUCUCAGGCUGCUGACAUCAAACAAGUUGCUGUGGCUACCACUGGAUGAUUUAAACUCCUCGUUCUCGAGCUACAUUUGCCAUGUAAGCAGUCAUUGAAAGAGCUUGUGGAUUGUUUUAUCUUGAUUUACAAUUUGUUCAACCUAGCAAGCUGGACUGGUGAGCUACAGCAUUUACAGCUACGAAAACAUGGACACGACAAUUUAGAACGAAUGCGGUAAAGAGGAAGGUUGUGAUGCAGACAAUCGCUGCUGUCGCCCGAAAUCCUCAUCAAUCUGAACUCUAUUGUCUUCCGUUUAUUGAUUUACUUGAAUGAAAGAAAAAAAGGAUCUUUUGUAUACCAAGUUUUAUGAUUUAAUGGGUCAUGAGGCCCAUUCAGAACUCACUAUAUAAGAUGAGAUGUAUUGGCAUCGAUGUUAAAUCGUAUAGCUUCCCCUCAGUUAUUCAAAAGUUUGCUUUUGGGAGAUUUCAGGGGGUUUUGAUGAGACAGAUAUGUGAUGAUGAUGAUGAUGGUGGCAGCAGUAGAGAUGAAGAUGCAGGGUGAUUGUUUGACUGGUCCAAUAUUUGUAUUAUUUCUCUUAUCUAUAUAUGCUUUCAGUGCUGGCAGACAGCUUAACAGUUAACAUCCCUAUAUGCAUUCAUUGACAAAUUCUUGGAAUUUAUUGGGGAAAAAUGCAUUUUGACAAAGUAAGUUAAAAAAAAGAAAGAAGAGGAUUCAGUUUGUGAGCUGGAGGGGAGAAAAGUUUUUUUUUCUCUAUUUUAUGUUUGUAUUUAGCUAAUAGGAAAGAGUUCACGCUGUUGAGUGACAUAAGCACGGCUAAAAGUGGCCUUAAUUCACUAAAGUUAACUGAUGGCAUUUAGUGCUUCUACAUUUGCUCAAGAUUAUAUACGUUGGUGAGAUGUUUUGGCACUGUGCGUCGUAAUGCUAUACUAAGCACACAUUUGGUAAGGAGGACGGUGAAGUGAAAGAUGUUGCAAGAUCACAACCGUCGGCCAUGUUGUCCACGCCGCCAAAGAAUUAAAAGUUGCCUGUGGGUCAUGGGGACUUGGUAAACCUAUAUGAUGUACUCGUUAAUAAGAACUUUUUUUUGUGGGGGGGGGAGAUUUGCCAGACUUGUAAAUCUAGGAAUGGUCCCUUGAUUUGUGAGAGUUGAAUUUUAAAAUCCUCCCUGAUAAAGAACUGAAAUGUUAUUCCAACAGUCGUAAAGAUGUAAGUCAGUGGUUCUGCUUGCAGGACCUCGCUCUCGAAGCUAGAAAGCAGACGUGAGGGGCUGAGCCAUUAGCAGUUAAAUGGCGAAUUACUCUUGACUCAGAGGAAUGAUUUGAUGAGUUUUGCGUCUUGAGGAGCUGUGUUUCAUUGUAUUGCCAAGGGAAAUGAGACAGAAAAUUUGCUCAUAGUCCUGUUAAAUCAGCCCACGUAUUGUCAAAUGCAUGCAUAACCCUGAUCUAUAACCACAUAUUUUCCUGGAGUGGGAAUAAUGUGGAUUCUGUCUUAAACUGGACUCAGAAAUUCAAUGUAUUUGAUCUUUUACUGUCACCAGAACCUUAAUCACUUCUAAAAAUAUCCUUUAACGCACCUUUUAACAAGUGUUGUCUGACUGUAUGGAUAGUCUCCUUGUCUAUCUUCUGUGUGGCUGCACAGUGUGUGUGUCUGUGUAUGUAUGGGUGGUUGUGCUGUUAUUUGUACUGUACAGUAUGUCUUCUCCAGCUGUAUUUGAACAAUAAAACCGGAUGUGAAAU